ACUCCCUGCUGCACUAGGCGGCGGUAAUGCGCCUAUAAACUGCUGUGUCAUCGGGCCAAUGACUCCACCAAAGAAGAAGACGCUGCAGCAACAUGCACUGACGCUGCUAAGUGGAGCAAACACAGAAAGAUUCAACAUGGCAACUCCUGUGUCUGUGCUCCGCCUACCAAAAGGACCCGACCCCAACAGCCGAGGAUUUGACCCCAAAUCAGCUCGUUUCAUCGCUCUCUGUCGAACCUCCAUUGCCACUUCCGCUUCGUCAGAGACAAAUGCUGAGCAGCUACCGAGAGAGCAGCAUGCACGAUCUGUGCUGAGAGAGACUUUCCUCCGAUGUCUCCUCUCCAUGACCAACAAGAAGGUUCAUUUUCUCAUGCAUGAGAGGGUCAAGGUGGAGGCCACGUUUGGGGCGUCUGACAUCGACGUGCUGAACUUUCAGGUGUCGGACCUGCACACUCCCAUCGGGGUACAGAAAGAGGCACUGAUCAGGUGUCAGGAUGUGAUUUCAUUCACUUUUGAUUCAUGAACACACUUAAGGCUUUUGUUUCCUGUUUAAACAGCACAUAUAAUUUGGUAUAAGAGGCACUUGGGAGUCUCAUUUGUUGUGAGCUCUAAUUCCUUACUGUGAGAUGAUUAGAAAAAUGUUUUAUAUACAUUUGAAGGUUGGGCUGUUCACUGUUGUUUUCAAUCCUAUUUCGUCCAAUCAUACUGCUCUGUAUGGCUGCUUUUAGAAAAUCCAACGCUGAUGAGCAGUCUCCCUUUUUCAGCACAAGAGGGAGUCGUAUGCAUGGGUUUUGGUUACAUCAGACCAUAUCUGACCAAAAGGUUGAUAAUACUAUGAUGUAUGCUGGUGACUUCUAGUGCUUUCAGGAAUAAUAAUAAUAACAUCCAGGAAGUGGCUGUCUGUUCUCUGUAUGAUGGCUGUUGCUUUCAUAAUGCAGCCAUAAAGACCAUGAAAUCAAUCGAUCAAACCAAUAUUUACCUUUGCAUCACAAACUCUAUUUUUGGGUUAUAUUCUUUUGGAGACUCAGCAGAUCAUCAACACUGUUAUUUUAUUUUGUCAUUUAUUGAUUAUUAAGGUAAAUUAAACAUUGCACAAUUACUUUUGAAUAA